AUGUCCCAACAGGAAGCGUACUCUCCUCCUCGUACACCUCCCUCCCAAACUGCGAGAUACAAGCCUUCCAAGCGUGCAUACCCAACUCGACCAUCCAUCCGUGAUGCCUUUCCAGACGUCAUGGACAACCCCCCGAGAACCAGUGAGUCGGGAGAUGAUCGAGACCCGCAUGAUCUGUCUCUAUCUCCGCAACAUGCUACACGGACGUCAAUUGUCGACAACAUGCUUCUUUCGCUCGAUCAAUUUGCCCCCAGUUCGUCUGUUUUAGACGACUACCGUCUUUUCAAUUCCGCCUUCGAAACCGACCGGCACAGUCAUUACUCCCAAGAAUCUGAUUCGCACGGCCGGUACCGCGGACACACAUUCUCCUCGUCAAUGUCCUCGGAACAAGACUACGGAUACGAAGAUGCCAGUGGCCGCUACACAACAAUUACGGCAACCAAGGGCCGACGCAGCAACAGCAGUUCUAAUCACCAGACGACGCCGAGGCAGAUGGGAAGCUCGCGCGGUGGUACCGGAACCAUGCCACGAACGAACACUGCCCGAAAAGGCAGUAAAGGAAGCUCAGCAUCCACUGCAGACUACUCAUACACAAUCCCCAGAGUACGAUUGGAUCAAGGCUUGGAUCGACGCUCGGCCAGUUUCGACUGUGGACCAAAACGAGCGUUCGCAUCUUAUACUGAUGCCAGUGUCGGUCAGGACUCGACGCUGUACGACGAUCACGAUGCUGCACCCACCCCGAGUGUCCCGGCAGGACCGCGAAAGGCUCACGAUUACAAUAAGACAUCGACCACUGCCGCUACACGGACGCCGGUAGCAUCGCGACGGAACAGCAUGAAAUCUGCUCAUGCCCCUCAAGUUCGAAAGGUUCGACCCGAAAAUAUCGGCACGGGGACCCUCCGAGCUCCUCGGGACAACGAGUUACAAAAUAUGGAUGAGACAGAGCUUGACCUGCCUCCGGCCAUCACGGCAUCGUUGGAUCCUCCUGCCCCUAGCCCGACCAUCUCCUACAACAAGCCGGCAUUUCCUCCCCCUGAACCAACAGCACCUACUCCGAUCUCAACUAAUGUACCCAUCAACUAUUCUGCUGCUCCAAGCACAAAAGAACGCCCGGGUUUCUUCCGGCGCGUCUUUGGAUCUAAGACUGCAGCCCCUGCACCUGCAGAUACAGCAAGUAUAAAAGCGAACGAUCUGUCACACUCACAAGAAACUGUGAGUAGAGAAAUCAAUGGGACAAGUGCAAACCUAAAGGGACGACCCGCGCAAGCAACUAAGACAUCUGCUGGUGCUUCUCCGUCCUCCGUUCGCACAGGACCCCAUCAGGUCGUCAACAAGAAACCUUCAUUCUUCCGCAGAAGGAAGAGGUCGGUGCCUGACCACGCUCCUCCGCCAAUUGUAAUCCCUCAAAAUCUUGCACCACAAACCAUGGAUACCAUGGCGGCUCCAAGUCCCGUGAGCAGCCUACGGCAGGUCAUGAAUCCUUACCUCGACGAGGAAUUAGACCGAAAAGAAAAUGCGGACUGGGAGGCCAAGAUUCGACAACCGGCAUUUUUGCAGGCUCAGAAGAAAAGAGAAAGUGUCUCAGCUCCUGGGGCUCCCAAAACGCAAGCUUCUCUUCAGCCUUCUGCUGCCUCUCGUGACCAGGACCCCUCACCACUUGCAGAGAAGGAUAAAUCUUUAAAUGGUGACGUCUCCACGGACUUUGCUUUGGAGGAGAAGUCGCAGAAUGUUGCUGCCUCUGCUACUCUGUCCCCCGUCGUGGAAGAUUUCUCGCGCAGCAUCAAAUCACAGGUCGAAGUUUCUCCAAGUAAUGUAGCUACAUUAGCUCUUCCAUCUGAUGGCGUGGUUUGCGAAUCUCCCGUUGAUUCCAUAUCAACAGCAUCAAACUACCAGACCGCCACGAACACCCCGCUUAUUGACCAAGAAGAGCCUCGACUAGUCGAUGACAGCGAGGACCAGAAGGAUGGACCUGGCGAAGCUGUUGAAGAUGGACCAACAGCUGCGGACCGAGAACAAGCCCAAAGGCUCUUUGACAGCCAAGAUCAGGUGGUGGGUAACGAGCCUGCUGCCGCUUGGCUGGGUGACCCUGACCGGGCAAUGGUUCGCGAAGCAUACAUGCGACUGUACAACUGGUCCAAUCUCAACAUUGUUUCCUCUCUUCGAGCUCUUUGUGAUCGGUUGGUGCUCAAGGGAGAAACCCAACAGGUGGAUCGAGUGCUGGAUGCCUUUUCGACCAGAUGGUGUGAUUGCAACCCGAGUCAUGGCUUCAAAGCUACUGAUGUUGUCCAUACCAUUUGCUAUUCUAUUCUGCUCCUAAAUACUGAUUUGCACUUGGCUGAUAUCGAUUCAAAGAUGACAAAAUCUCAAUUCGUUCGCAAUACCAUGCCCACUAUCCACCGAGUGGCAAUGGAUGCUGCGCCGGAAAAAUUCGAGACGUUGCGUCCAGUCAACCGCUCCAAGACCCAACACCAUGAAGCGCACUCUGUCCCUACAUCCGCACGCUCUGCGACUUUCCCUUCGGAGCUCAGCCGCAGCUCAUUUGACAAAGAUACCGAUGCCAAUGUUGAUGCGGGGCCUUUGGUUAACACGCCAUUCACCGGAACAGUGAGAGCUUGGGAGCAGCAGGUUGAAACAGUACUCAAAGAGUUCUACACAUCCAUUCAAAAGGAGAGACUUCCACUGUUUGGUGCUCAACCAGAACGUGAAGUAUCUCGCAUGUCGUCCAACAACUUUUUGGGCCCCUCUAGCGGCACUCUUCGUAGGAGUCCCAGCACCAUUAGCAAGAGCGGUUCCGAUAUCUUCCCUCGCGGUCGUUCUGCUAUAUCAAGCCACGGAGCUGCGCGAUGGUCAUCCAAACCCCGCUCUCGAGCUGGGAGGCUUUAUCCUCCUUCAAUGAUGGGCUCCAGCCGCACCAGCCUAGACGAUCAAUCAGUCUGCAGUCCGACUGGGUCUAGUACCUGGAGCAAAUACUCUUUGGGUAAAUUUACUUCGGCGUCUGUGGACUCUUUUGGCUCAGAUUUCCCUCGCGGCGAAUAUCAACAGUCUAUUGGUUUUGCCAAUGCUCUGAGUCAGGCCAUCAUUCGGGAGGACUCUGCUACCUCGGUAUACAGCUAUGAGGAACCUGAGCGAACGACCCCUCUGCUCGAAGAUGACUCGUUGGCUCUAGCCGGCGCCCCGUGGGCCAAGGAGGGAAGCCUGAAGCACAAGCAUCACCUAGAUGCGGUGGACAAACGAGCGAAGGACCGGAACUGGAAUGACUGUUUUGCGGUCAUACAGCAAGGCUGGAUGCGUCUGUUCUCGUUCAGCAAUCCCACUAAGUCGAUGCGGCAAAAGUCUAAACAGCGCGGAGGAGUCGUUGUCGGUGGCGGGAACUGGACAGAAAAUGCCGAAGAGCUUUGGAAGUUCAUGCUGCGCCAAACCAUCGCCAGUGCCUUACCGUCGCCUGGAUACUCUAAGUCUCGUCCCCACGUCUGGGCCCUAAGCUUGCCCACUGGGGCCGUUCAUCUCUUCCAAGCUGGAACACCUGAGAUUGUCCGAGAAUUCGUCUCCACUGCAAACUACUGGAGCGCGCGUCUAUCCAAGCAACCGCUGGUAGGGGGAAUCAGCAACAUCGAAUAUGGAUGGAGUGACGGUGUCAUCAACAGCGCGCUGAUCGGCGGUGAAAGUCGAUCCCCACCGCCUUCGUCAGGCGCCCGACCGAGCAUUCAAAGUUCAAUCCGAAGUUCUAUCGAUCAUCAGGGUGUGCGACCUCGUCUUCCUGCGGACCGGGUCAACAUCAGCGACUGGAGCCCACCGCAACAAAGCAUGGUCGCCUCCAAUCUGACAGAGGAGGAACAGUGGCAGGCUCUGCAGGCCUACGUGCAGAAUGUGGAAGAUGAUCUUUCUCGUCACAAUGAGCUGCGUUCCGCGAUGAACCUUGCAUUCUCUCCACGUCACCCCAACGCCGCCAAAGCCAUGGCAAACUGGGAACGGAAAUCAUCGUAUCUGUUGCGUGAGAUCGUCAAGUUCCGCACCUACAUUGAUUCCCUACGCAACGCCAUCAACUCCAAAGAGAGGAUUUUCGCUUCAAAUACCAACUACUCCCAAGUGAGCGAAGAUGCAACCAUCGAGCCUACGGAGGCUGCAGCAUAA